CUAAAUUAAGUAAAAAAGGUAGUAAAAACCAAACUAUUUCAGUUUUAUUUUAAGAUUUAAGGAACAAAAACAAGUUGAAUUAUAUAGAUUGCCAGCAACGGCCUCCCUUGAAUCUUUCUGCACCAUUGAAAAACAUAAGGGCAAAACAAACCAAACCCUAUUUAAAGCCCCGCCAUAAGGCAAAUGAUUCUCAUCACAAUAAGCUUCAUUUCCUUUUUUGUUUGUUUUCUUCUUCAAACCUUUCUCUAAGGUUAAUAUAAAGAGAAAGAGAGAAAGGUACCCUCCUUUUUGGAAUUAACUUUAGAGAUUGAUCAAACCAACAUGGGUGCUUGUGCUAGCGUGCCAAAGGAAAUGAGUGGUGAGGCCUCGGCUGCGCCACCUCCUGAACCGGCCAAGGAGGAAUCUGUUCAGGCUAUGCAGCACACCACUGAUGAGGAAGUGAUCAAGGUUGAAAGAGAGGAAAACAAGGCUGAUGAAGUUGAUGAAACUGAACAACAAUCUCUUGGUUCUUUGCUUGUUGAACCUGAAAAAACUGAGGGAAAGAAGGAACCGAAUGAGACCCAGCAGCCCCAAGUAGAAGCUGCAGUAGAGCCAAAGAAAGAAGAACCAAAAAGUGAGGCACCACCUGUGCCAAAGGUGACCGAGGAACAGAAGGAAAAGAAGACAGAAGCAAAGGAAACUCAGUAACAACAUGUAAUAUAGUGAGCAUUCAUAACAUCAAGGACGAAAAAGCUUUAUGUUGUUAAUUUAUUCUAUUGGGAAAUGAAGUUUAAU